UCUCUCGGUCAGAUGCUGCUGAGCGCUUCAAGGUUCACACACGCAGACAAGGUUCCUCUGACCCACAGAGACGCUGAAGAGAGGAGAGAAGGAGGAAGUGACGGAUUUGUGUUGGAGCACAAUGGAGGUGGAGAUGUUGAGCAGAAGAAGCUCCAAACCCAGCGUGGCUCCGUGUUCACUCACCAAAGUGGCUCUGAUCACGCUGGUGUGUUCCUGUCUUGCUCUGCUGAUUGCUGUCAUUGCAGUCUCACAGAAAUUGACUAAAGAAGAGUUCUGUCUCACGCCGGAGUGCAUCGAAGCAGCUGGCUCCAUUCUGAGCAAGCUGGACACCAGCGUCAGCCCAUGUGAUGAUUUCUACCAGUACGCGUGUGGUGGCUGGCUCAGAGAACAUCCCAUUCCAGAAGAUUCCUCCAGCUACGGGAUCUACCCCUGGCUUCGGCAGAACGUGGACCUCAAACUCAAAGAGCUGCUGGAACAGCCGACUGCCGACGGAGACAUCGAGGCAGUGAAGAAGGCCAAGAUAUUGUACCGUUCCUGCAUGAACGAGACUGCCAUCGAGCUGGUGGACUCCAAGCCACUGCUGAAGGAGCUGAAGAAGCGCGAGUUCCGCUGGCCCGUCCUGGGCGACGCUCUGGGCGCUGACGUUCAGUGGGACGCGAGAAAGUUUGACCUUCUCCAGACGCUGUCUCAGAUCCGCACUCAGUACAGCAAAUCCGUCCUGUUGCGUCUCUACGUGUCACCCGAUGACAAGAACUCUCAGGUGUUCAUCAUCAAGCUGGACCAGGCGUCCUUGGCUUUAUCCAGAGAUGAUUACACCACCAACAGUGCUGAGGCACAAACAAACCGAGAGGCCCUCCUGAACCUGAUGGUGGGCGUGGCCGUCAUGCUGGGAGCCAAUCAGCAGGCAGCUGAGUCUCAGAUGAAAGCUGCACUGGACUUUGAGAUGAAACUUGCCCAGAUUGUGAUUCCUUAUGAGAACCGCACCAGUGAGACCAUGUACAACAGAUACAGUCUGUCUAAACUACAGCGCACCAUCCCUGAGUUUAACUGGCUGGCUUUCGUUCGAGCAGCGAUCGACUCUAAACUCUAUCCAGAUCUUUCCAUCUCCUCGUCGGAGCAGGUGAUCGUUCGAGCUCCUCAGUACCUGAAGGAUCUCUUCCAGCUGGUUAAUGCGACAGACAGCAGGACUGUGGCUAAUUACGUGGUGUGGAGGUCCAUCCUGUCCCGAGUCACAACACUGAGCCGACGCUUCCUCUACAAAUAUCUCGACUUUGCUCGAGUGACGACAGGAGCGACGUCUCUGACUCCUCGCUGGGAUAAGUGUGUUAAUUAUGUGGAGAGCACGUUAAUGUACGCCACAGGACGCCUGUUUGUUGAUAAGCACUUUCAGGAAGAUAAGAAACACAUGAUGGAGGAACUGAUUGAUGGCAUUCGCUGGGCUUUCAUUGACAUGCUGGAUAAAGAGAACGACUGGAUGGAUGCAGAAACCAAGAGGAAAGCCAUAGAGAAGGCCCACGCCGUUCUGCCUAAAGUGGGUUAUCCAGAGUUCAUUCUGAACAACACCUACAUCAACAACGACAUCCAACAGUUGCAGUUUUCAGAGAAGGAUUAUUUCGGGAACGUGAUGCAGACACUGCGCUUCAUCGCGCAGUCGGACAUCGGAUGGCUGAGAACCACGGUUCCACGCACAGAGUGGUUCACAAGCCCCACGACUGUCAACGCAUUCUACAGCUCAUCUACCAACCAGAUCAGAUUUCCAGCAGGUGAACUGCAGAAGCCGUUUUUCUGGGGACUGAAUUAUCCUCGAUCAUUAAGUUACGGAGCGAUCGGAGUGAUAGUUGGACACGAGCUCACACACGCUUUUGAUAACAACGGUCGGAAAUAUGAUAAAGAUGGGAAUCUGAAUCAGUGGUGGAGCAACGCUUCGGUGACCAACUUCAACGAUAAGACGCAGUGCAUCAUCAACCAGUACAACAACUACUACUGGAAGGAGGCGGGGCUUAAUGUGAAGGGGAAGAGAACGCUGGCGGAGAACAUUGCUGACAACGGAGGGAUACGAGAAGCUUUCAGGGCGUACAGGAGGUGGGUGCAGAAGGAAAGGUCAGGAGCUGAGGAGCUUUUAUUACCAGGAGUGGGUCUGACCAACAACCAGCUCUUCUUCCUCAGUUACGCUCACGUUCGUUGUAACAGUUAUAGACCUGAAGCAGCUCGAGAUCAAAUCCUCAGUGGAGCUCACAGUCCACCUAAAUACAGGGUCAUCGGCGCUAUGAGUAACUUUGCGGAGUUCCAUAAGGCCUUUAACUGCCCCGAGACGUCGAUCAUGAACAGGGGGGCGGAGUCAUGCCGGGUGUGGUAGCGCUGGAGAACAUGGCAAGUUGUGAGUUUUUGAACAUGGGCCAAACCUUGACCAAUGAACCAUACUAAAGUGUUCUAAUCAGAACCAGGCCUCUGUAGACCACUGUAUCUUCACUUCUUCACUUCACCACUGGAACCCAAGAGCACUUUGAGUGUUUCAUUCCUCUCCUCGUCACCUCCGUCUGAUCUCUGCUGUACGACAAUCUGGAACUCUGAGCAUGAACUCUUGAGGAACAUGAAUUCUCCACAUUUCUUUAGUUGUCACUCAGAAGAAACAUUUAAAGGUUCCUUUCGAUGCACAUGUGCGAACCUUAAAGGAACCAUUUUUUAAAUAAAAAGACAGUGAUGUGCGGUUCUACAUAGAACCUUCCAGGGUUCAUUUUAUCUAACUGACUUUAGUUACCCAAAUUCAUUGUCUAGGGAUCUACACCUACACCUACACCUACACCUACACCUACAUCUACGCUGCAUAGGUUAUUGUUCCACCAGAGGAACAAGUCAAAGAAUAUUUGAAGUCUGUGAGUUAGUGAGUUAGUGAGUUAGCCAAUCAGGUGAGAGUUCUCUUCACUACUUUACACACCAUGUGGCUCUUUUUUUUUAUUAGUAUUUCAAAUAAAAACAAAGAGUAGAAUUUUUUAUAAAAUCACACUGGCUAAUGCUAACUAGCUAGCUGGCUAGUCAAAGUGAGCGAGUCAACUAGCUGACCAAUGACAUGAGCCGACAUUUUAAAUAACUUUAUAAUUAAGUGUAAAUGGUCAUUUUCAUUAUCUGGUACAUGACCUGGGGUCCAUUACAGCUCGUAGCAUAGCGUCGUGAUGCGCAAAUUAGCUCAUCGUAGCUGUUUAUUAGCUUUUUUUGUUUUAUUCUUUAAAAUCUCUUAAUUGUGUUGUGCUGAGAGCAGAAUUAUUCCAUGAGGAAAGCACUGAAUGUAAAAUAAACAAAUAAUCAUCCUCAAAGGGAUUGUUUCAGGAAAAUUAGUAAUAACGCUGCACUGGGGCGUCAUAACACAUUCAUAAGUGUUGUGCAAAGUGUUGAAACUUGUCAGGUGAAGUGUUUUAGCCUUUAAAUGAAAGAGAUCAUGUAACGGAGUGUAACGGAUAUUUUAUUCCUUAUUUGAUUAAUUUGUCUUCAUGAACAGAACAUUCAUAACACUUUAUGAUGCUUCUAUGAUGAUUUCAGAUCUUUUAUCAACUGUUUAUUAAACAUAUUUCAUAUAUGAUAUACUGCAGAACUUCAGUUGUGUAAGACUUUAAGAUGUGCGUUAUUUCUGUCCUCAAAAAGAGCCAAUGUGUCAUUUAUAACACUCUUAUGAUAUGUUAUGUAUUCGUCAUACAGCUCCACUUAUUCCUUUACAAACAAACAAACAAACAAACAAACAAACAAACAAAUCCAUUUAAAUGUCAUGGAACAAUUCCAAGUAAUCCCUAAA